AUGCACGAGACUUUCCGUCAGGAGGUGGUGCAAAAAAUCGACCUGCACACAAUUCCUUGUAUCAUGUUGCUAUAUCUCGCAAACUUUAUUGACAGAUCCAACAUUGGAAACGCCAAAGUUGCUGGCUUGGAAAGGGACCUUCACCUGGAAGGUGUCCAGUUCAAUAUCGCUCUGAGCUUGUUUACGAUCAGUUACAUUAUCGUCAAGAUUCCAUCAAAUCACAUUUUGCGCAAAGUCGGGGCUAAGAUCUGGUUGCCAUUCUUGGUUUUCUGUUGGGGUACGAUUACAAUCUUCUCGGCUUUCAUGACGAACUUCGCCUCUUUGAUUGCUGUGAGAAUGAUGUUGGCGGUCUUUGAGGGUGGACUUCAACCUGGAGUUAUAUUAUAUCUUUCAACAAUUUACAAACCUGACGAGCUACAGCUCCGAUUCGGACUCUCUUAUUGUAGCACUGCUCUGAGUCACAUUGUUGGUGGAUUCCUAGCAUUUGGAAUCCAACAUGGAAUGGAUGGUUUUGCUGGGAAGGCUGCCUGGUCGUGGAUCUUCAUCAUCGAGGGCAUCUUGACCCUCUUUGUUGCUGCCUUUGUCUGGUAUUUCUUGUCGUCAAGUAUGGAAACAGCUCCAUAUCUAACUCCGACAGAGCGCGAGUUUGCAGAGGCUUCUUAUGAGACUGAAAGAGGAAUCCCUGGUCACGAGGCAUUUGAGUGGUCUGAGGUUAAAAGAGCUUUUGCGGACCCACAGGUUUGGCUUGUUGGUCUUAGUGAGGCGUCUAUAUCCAUUCCGUUGGCGGCAUUAUCGAUCUUCUUCGGUAUGGGACAUACUGGAGCUUGGGCGCAGCUUUUCUCUGCAUUACCCUACAUUCCCGCGUUGGUGACAGUAGUAGCAGGAGCCUUACUGGCUGACAGAUGGAAAACCCGGGGGCCCAUCGUUCUCGUGUGUGUUCCUGUAGGUAUCGCUGGAUACUUAAUGUUGAUACUUUCAAAAAGCGCCGAGACUCGCUACGCCGCAUUUUUCUUAGUCGUGGCGGGAUUAUUCCCAGUUGUACCCUGUCUUGUCUGCAUCAUUCCCAUCAAUACUUCUGGUGUCACUAAACGAGCGACAUGUAUCGGAAUCCAGGGAAUGAUCCAGGGACUAUCGAUUUUGAUAGCGCCGUUCCUAUACAUAAAAGGUGAACCCCCAGCAAAAGGCCACACGAUCGCACUUGGGCUCAUAUGUUGCACGUGGGUUCUCACUGCGGCCAAUGUGUUGUAUUGUCGGUUCGAAAACUCGAGAAAAGCUAGCGGAAGACGAGAUUAUCUGGUCCAGCAGUAUCUUGAAAAAUUCCGCGCAGGAGACACGCGCGCGCCGAUCGGAGACAGGGAUCCAAACUUUCGCUACACGCUUUAA